AGGUCUCCACACUUUGGCCGUCACAAGCCGAACAGUGCCGCUUCCGUGACCUAGGGAUGAGCGUCUCGCCCUCGACCCUACCUACCUACCUACCUCUGUCUCGUCCCACGUUUUUUGUCCCUCGUGUCUUCUGAUCUGUUGGAAAGUUUGUUCUUGUUUUAAGCUUCUACCCGCCGUGCAUUGCCUCUGGACGCCACCGUUAGAUACCUAGAAGAAUGGCGGCGCGACUCGGAACCGCGAUGCGCAUAUCGCCGAGGCUUACAGGCUCCCAAUCUUCUCCGAGGUUCUUCUCUUCCCAGACCUGUCUCCGUCAGGAAGUGCGCGAUGCCUAUAUCCUGGCCGCAUCUAGGACGCCGACGGCAAAGUUCAACGGAUCCUUCCUCACAGUCAGUGCACCGCAGCUCGGCGCCGUUGCCAUAAAGUCGGCCCUAGAGAAGUCCAGAGUUCCCGCCUCUAGGAUCACCGAUGUCUACAUGGGCAAUGUUCUCCAGGGUUCCGUUGGGCAAGCCCCAGCGCGCCAGGCCGCCAUGUUCGCCGGCUUGUCCUCGGCGACUGAAGCCAUCACCAUCAACAAAGUGUGCGCCUCUGGCCUGAAAGCAGUCGUAUUUGCGGCGCAAAACAUCCAGCUGGGACUGUCAGAAGCCCAGAUUGCGGGGGGCAUGGAGAACAUGUCGAGGGUGCCAUACUACAUUCCCCGUGCUAGCGGCCUACCGCCGUUCGGCAACCUCACCUUGGAAGAUGGGCUCAUCAAGGACGGCUUGACCGACGUCUAUGACAAGUUCCACAUGGGCAACUGCGCCGAAAACACGGCUAAGAAUUACGGCAUCACACGAGAGAUGCAGGACGACUACGCCAUACAAUCAUACGAGCGGGCGCAGGCUGCCUGGAAAGCAAACGCGUUUGCCGACGAAAUUGCACCCGUGGCUGUGUCUGGGAAGAAGGGCGACAAGGUGGUUGAUACAGACGAGGGCUAUCUCAACAUCAAGCCAGAGAAGGUUCCCUCGCUCAGGCCAGCCUUUGUGCGCGACGGCACCGGCACCGUGACGGCGGCCAACUCGUCGACGCUCAACGAUGGCGCGAGCGCUCUUGUGCUUGGGAGCAAGGCCCUUGCGCAGGAAUUCGGCUCAGGUUCUCGAGUGCUUGCGCGCAUCUGCGGGUCUGCCGAUGCUGCCGUGGACCCGAUCGACUUUCCCAUUGCUCCGGCCAAGGCCGUGCCGAUUGCGCUGGCGCGGGCGGGGAUUACCAAGGAGCAGGUUGCCCAUUGGGAGUUCAACGAGGCCUUCGCGGCGGUCAUCAAGGCCAAUGAACAGAUCCUUGGGCUUGAAGGGGCGAAUGUGAACCCGCUCGGCGGCGCGAUAUCCUUGGGGCAUGCGCUCGGAAGCUCGGGGUCGCGAAUUCUCACCACGAUGCUCCACCAGCUCAAGCCUGGGGAAUACGGCGUGGCGGCCAUUUGCAACGGCGGAGGCGCUGCCACGGCGAUAGUUGUGCAGCGGAUUGAGUCUGUAUGAUGGUUCUGAUGUAUCAAGUCAGGUGUGAAUACGGAAUGCUUCGUACCUCGUUUAUAGUUGAGGGUUGUCAAUCUGCAGGCUGGAUGGAAAAGCAAAUGCGGGAGUGUUUUCUGCCAUCGUUGUUAGGGUUAGGGUUUUAUGAUCUGCUCUGCAAGGAUUCCGCAAUGCACGCUUGGCUGUGGAGUACGUACUUAGUACAGCGGUCUCUUCUAUCCAUUAUUCUUUUAUCAGUAUCCAUCUCGUAUUGUUCACCGAACUGUGAAUAGAGUCGCCUUGGUCCCCGUUCAUGGCCCCUUGGGUG